UUAUUCAGGAAGUGUGCUGUAUUUUUAAGUGUCGCUUCCAGAUCAAUUAAGAGACAAAAGCCUUGGUAUUUAAACAGGCACUUUCUUCCCAGGGUGGUGCUGCUGGGACUGCUUCCUACCAUCUGGUUUCUCAUUACAUCCUGCCCUGCUUCAGCUGCUAGAGAGGAAUUCAGCUUCUUGUGGAGCGCGAAAGUCAUUCACGUUUCUUUCGUGCAUAAUUGAGCUCGUAAACUGUAGAAAUUCUGAUGUGCUUCUGUGCACGGAACAGUUACAGAUGAGCUGCUGGGAGAAUAGCCUGAGCAGUCGGUCAGUAGUACAGUAGCAGCUCACAUGUGUGGAUUGCUCCCGUGAGGAACAUCAUCAUGGGGUCUACUGAUACGGACAUCGAAGAAUUGGAAAACGCCACUUACAAGUAUCUCAUUGGAGAACAGACCGAGAAGAUGUGGCAGCGCCUGAAGGGGAUACUAAGAUGCUUAGUGAAGCAGCUGGAGAAAGGUGAUGUCAACGUUGUUGACCUAAAGAAGAAUAUCGAAUAUGCAGCAUCAGUACUGGAAGCUGUUUACAUCGAUGAGACAAGAAGACUGCUGGACACUGAAGAUGAACUCAGCGACAUCCAGACUGACUCCGUCCCAUCGGAAGUCCGGGAUUGGUUGGCUUCAACUUUCACACGGAAAAUGGGGAUGAUGAAAAAGAAGCCUGAAGAAAAACCAAAGUUUCGCAGCAUUGUCCAUGCUGUCCAGGCUGGGAUUUUUGUGGAAAGGAUGUACAGGAAGAGCUAUCACAUGGUUGGUUUGACAUAUCCUGCAGCUGUCAUAGUGACACUCAAGGAAGUUGAUAAAUGGUCUUUUGACGUAUUUGCCUUAAAUGAAGCAAGCGGGGAGCAUAGUCUGAAGUUUAUGAUUUAUGAACUCUUUACCAGAUAUGAUCUUAUCAACCGCUUCAAGAUUCCUGUUUCUUGCCUAAUUGCCUUUGCAGAAGCCUUAGAAGUUGGUUACAGCAAGCACAAAAAUCCAUAUCAUAAUUUGGUCCAUGCAGCUGACGUCACUCAAACUGUGCAUUAUAUAAUGCUUCAUACAGGAAUCAUGCACUGGCUCACUGAACUGGAAAUUUUAGCCAUGGUCUUUGCAGCUGCCAUUCAUGAUUAUGAGCACACAGGAACAACAAACAACUUCCAUAUUCAGACGAGGUCGGACGUUGCUAUUCUGUACAACGACCGCUCAGUGCUUGAGAAUCACCAUGUCAGCGCAGCCUACAGACUUAUGCAAGAGGAAGAAAUGAAUAUUUUGGUAAAUUUGUCUAAAGAUGACUGGAGGGAUCUUCGGAACUUAGUGAUUGAAAUGGUCUUAGCGACAGACAUGUCAGGGCAUUUUCAGCAAAUUAAAAACAUAAGAAACAGCUUGCAGCAGCCGGAAGGGAUUGACAGAGCCAAAACUAUGUCCCUGAUACUCCAUGCAGCUGACAUCAGCCACCCAGCCAAAACUUGGAAGUUGCACUACAGAUGGACCAUGGCCCUAAUGGAGGAGUUUUUCCUGCAGGGAGACAAAGAAGCUGAAUUAGGGCUUCCAUUUUCUCCACUUUGUGAUCGGAAGUCAACCAUGGUCGCCCAGUCUCAAAUAGGUUUCAUUGAUUUCAUAGUGGAGCCAACGUUUUCUCUCCUGACGGACUCAACAGAGAAAAUUGUCAUUCCUCUUAUAGAGGAAGCUUCAAAAUCACAGUCUUCAAACUAUGGGGCAAGCAGCUCGUCCACAAUGAUUGGGUUCCAUGUUGCUGACUCUCUGAGGCGGUCAAAUACAAAAGGCUCCGUGUGUGAUGGGAGCUAUGCCCCAGACUACUCGCUCUCAGCUGUGGAUCUGAAGAGUUUCAAAAACAACCUGGUGGACAUCAUUCAGCAGAACAAAGAGAGGUGGAAAGAGUUGGCUGCCCAAGGUGAACUUGAUCUUCAUAAGAACUCAGAAGAGUUGGGAAAUACUGAAGAAAAGCAUGAUGACACACGUCCAUAGGUGUGAACAAACUUUAAGAGUUCAGUUGUUCUAAACACAAGAGGAAAAUGAAAGCAGCAUGAAAAACACGCAAAGACCUUGAUUUUCUAAAAAAAUAAAAUAAAAUGUUUGGCUCAGUCCAUUUUAGUGGACUCCUCUGUAAGGAAGAAGAACAUAAAUUUCAGUCAAGUAACUGAGCCACAAAGAUCCCACAAGUUAUCAUUAGGAUUCUGGCCACUGUUUCUGCCAUGGUUUUCCUUCCAUGAUUUGGUCAUCUUAGCCAGAGAAAUCUUUUAAGACUGAAAGCUGGAUGCUUUCAAGUUUUCAUCAUUUUUAACUUGUGUAGAAGAUGGAAUGGAUUUCAAUAUACGACUUGCACUGUGUUACUCCAGAGUGACACAACAACACAAUUGUCAACAAGCAAGGACAAGAAGAAGAAGAAAAAAAAAGAGUAAAAGAAAAGUAAAACAAAAUGAUGAAAACCCUGUUUUCUUGCAAUGCUGAUCUGGUAAGACUGUUUUGUUUUAAAUGCAUGGGAAUAGAAUGAGAAUCAGAUCUGUCUUCAGAAGCGCCAGCAACAGCUGACCAUAAGAGCUGCCGCACAGUGAUUGGAUGAACGCCUCUAUCGGCCUCCAGCUGGGAAACUACAGUGCCAUUUUCUCCUGAAGUCAUCGACCGACUAUCCUGCAGCCAUCCAUUGAGUUUUAAGGCACUAGUGUAUCACCCAGGUGUGUGUGGUCAUAUUAUAGGUCAUAGCUUGCUGUAGGGCCUAUGUAACAAGGAACAUCAGUCAUUGCAGGAGAGGGGCACUUGAAGGGAAGACAGAAUUUUCCUUCUGGGAUAUUGUUACCACUAGAAUAUAAAGAUAUAUUACAGGCUGAGGCAUAAGAUGUGUGUGUGUGUGUGUGUGUGUCUGUGUGUGUGUGUGUCUGUGUGUGUGUGUGUGUGUCUGUGUUGUAGGUGUGUGCACUCAUGCUCAGAGGUGUAUAUGGAAACCCAUACUUUUCUGUACAGCUAAAACUGUUAUGUGAUGUGACUUUUUAAUUUUACUGAAAAGAAAUGAACUGCAACCCUCAGAGGCCCUGCUUCUUGGUCAUGUUUUGCCUGAGCAUGUGUGAAGUAGCUAACAGGAAUGGUCAAGCCCAAUUAGAUGUUGUAGCAUUUUCACUGUAUAUACACUUCAGGGAUUGCGAACUUCGUGAAAGGUGACAAUUAGAUGGAAUGAACAGUUACUGUCAAUUAGAUGAUGUGCAGAAAGGUUCGCCCAUCCUAAUGAGUUGCUUCUCGCACCUGUGUUUCCCCCAGGUUCCUCAAGGCUAAGCAAUAUUUCAGAGAGGGACAUGGCAAGAAGCUUUUAAGCCUAAGUUGUGAGGUCUUUAUAACUCACAAUUUAGAUCUACUUUAAUGUGUAAGCCAUAUUCUCUAUGCAUAUUUAGUAUGCAUUUAUUGUAUUUAAGAUAUAUUGUGAGUAGACUGUAUAAAAUGCUUUUAAAUGUUCUAUGAAUUAGAUUCCUAGUGUUAUUAUUGUCUAAAUCUUGUUAAAUAAUUGAAUUGUAUCAUAGCCAUUAUAAUGUGAUGGAUAUUUUAAAUAUCAACAGUAAAGAUUGAUCUAUAAUAAUGUGUUGAGAAGAUUAAUAGAAAUGUGUAUGUUAGUAGCCUUUGUCCUUUAAAAUGGACAUUUUAUUUCUAUUUAUGGAGAAACUGUAACUAUUGCUUUUCAAGUCUUCUUUUUAAAAAUGAGAUAUUUACUAUCUAGAAAACACUCUGCUUUCAAAGUAAAAUCUGAGAGUCUAAGAAGUCUAAUUACUAUUGUUCCUAAUUGAGCCAGUCGUCUUUCAGUAAAGCCAGAAUCUAAGGAGAGAAGAAUAAAAUGAAGCUCUGCUCCUCUCAUGGCGUAGAAAAUACAUCUAUUUUGUUCUUUUGAUCUCUAUGCUUGGUUAAUGUAAAUUAAAGAAUAUGCACAUUGAUCAGUGUAUGUCUGCUAGCCUAAUUGUCCAGGCUAUGUGACUUACAGAGCACUGUGACCGACUUGCAGGGGUAGCUGGGGAGGCACACUGCUUCAGAGCCAUCACACUGCCUGGACCAUGCACGCUACUCCUCACCUCCCUCCCUUUUCUUCCUAUCUCCACGAUGCCCAAUGUGUCUGAUAUUUUGCCUUUGGCCUUCCACACACCUUCCUUCCUCUCUCCACAGGACAGCUCCUACUGGAAGAUAAUAAGUAGGGGUCACACCGGAGAUCACACGUGCCUCCAAAUGUACAGAUAAUAGUGUGAAAGACCACACCAUGAGGCGGGACUCUCUCUCUCCAAAGGCUGCUGCACCUGCUUUGCAUUUGUACUCACAGCGACCCACCAUACACUUGCGAGUUCAUCUGCCUUUUCAUUUAGCCAGAACUUUACUUUUUAACAUGACAACCUAUGAUUCUUGUGUUUUUAUUAUGCUGCAACUCUCUGUAUUUCCUACUAUAUAUGAUUGCUAAAUAAAUCAUAUUUGAUCGAAAUUAUCCUGA